AUGGGCAACGUCACCUUCAACCGCAACGCAGACUUUUCCAACUCCCAGAUCCUCGACCUGUACUGGGACGAGGUUAACAUGGAGUCCAACACUAAGGAGAAGCUCGUCCUAGACUUUUCCAACACCUACAUCAACCGCCGCGUCCUCGCCAAUACCACCAUCGUCGGCAAGGCCGACUUCACCGACGCCAUCUUCGAGACCGUCUACAUCGAGAACUUCAACGCCACUCAGCCGCGCUUCGCCGGCGCCCAGUUCCGCGAGCAGGAGUUCAUCGACGGCUACUGCUGCUCGCGCGUCUGCAUCUCGCUCGACUGCAUGUGCAACGUCUCGCAGCCGUCGGGCGAGUGCCCCGCCGGCAGGAGCAACGUUAACGUCUCGGCCCCGCUCACCUGCUUCCCCGCGGACGCCACCGUGUCGCGCCCCGAUGGCCUGGUCGUCCGCAUGGAGGACUUGCAGUACGCGGACAAGGUCGCCGUCGGCGAUGGCUCGCAUUCGGACGUCUUCUUUUUCGGCCAUCGCAGCCCCCACCCGGUCUCCGAGUUUGUCUCCAUCCACCACGCCGGCUCGCAGACCCCGCUCCGCCUCUCCCCUGGCCACUAUCUCUACGUCGACGGCAAGCUGCGCACGGCCCGCUCGGUGCGCCCCGGCGACCGGUUACGCGGCGCGGACGGCGAGUACGACCUGUUCGUGCUUAACGUCAAGCGCCAGCAGCUGCGCGGCCUGUACGCCCCGACGUCCGUGCACGGUGACCUUGUCGUCGAUGGCGUCAUGGUGUCCAGCUACACGGACGUCAUGCACCCGGGCCUGGCGCACAAGCUGCUCCAUCCCCUCCGCCUUUUGUACCGAUAUGGGCUCGACGCGGUCGUGUCGCGCGUCACGGCGCUGCACCAAACUAGCUUUGCCCACGUGCCGCGGGCGAUAGGGAUUCCCCACGGACCGCAGGCUGUUGACAAUUAGAUUUGCUAACCGACCUAAGGGAGCACUUUGCCACCCGAACCGACGCGCCGCUGCCCGGGGUCUGUAGAAGCUGGGAGGAGACAGGUCGUCUCUGGGGGGGCCGCGAGUGUCGGGGUGGUGGACAAAACGAUCUAGAUUUUCGAGACACUUCGUAUGAGUAAACUAUUUUCAUGUAUGUGCGUCU